AUGUUUGGACGUUAUGUAGUUGCCACGAUAUCAGCGUUAUUCUCGUUAUGGUGUGGAUUUGUAUCGGUGUUCACUUUUCUUGGAUCAAAUCAGGCCGUAUACCAUUUACCUAGUUUUUAUAUGCUUGGCUAUAGUGCCAUAUAUGCAAUACUCUCGCCAUUCGGUCUAGCUGGAAUUCUUGGAGCUUUACAUCGCAAGAAAGCAUUAAUACGAGGAUUCUUAUUUCAAUAUUCUGUUGCAUACAUACUACUGACCGGAAUGAACGUUGUCAGUAUUCUUUUGUCGCAUCGAUGGGCACAAAAGACACUAGUAAAGUGCAUUUCGGAUGCUUUUAGACCAGGAGGACGAAAUGUUGGAACGCAGGCAUGUGAAAGAAAAGUGAAAGAUGCGCAACUAACUUCUCUUGUGUUUACUUGCGUUCAGGGUGGUAUAAUGCUAAUUUGUGGAAUAAUUUUGCUCAUAUUUGGAAGACGAGAAUUCCAAGAUAUCAAAAUCGACGAAGAGACCAGCAAUUUGUUAGAGAAAUCGGCAUUCGCCUCACAUAAUAAUGCUGAUCUCUUGCCAUCAGAACCCGAAGAUAUUCAUCGUUCUCCAAGUAAUAAAUCAAAUUACAAUAAUGGGUUAAAUCGCAAUCUAACAAUCAACACAGCAUCAUCUGGGCUUUCCCGUCAUACAACAAAUUCGAGCACUCAUUCAUCACGAACAGCCGAUAAUAAUGGUCAAAGAGUAUACGCGGCACCUUCUGCGCUUCCACCUUUGAAGCUGAAUAGACCACAAAAUCCAAUUCAUUAUGAAAACCAUUACAGUAGACCACAAACGCCAAUCCAUAAUGAAAACCAUUAUGAAUACAUCGCAAAAACAUUGGCUAGUGACAUUACAAGAAAAGGGUUAUUACAUUGA